AUGCAGCAGCCACAAGAGGUGCCAGCCGAAGGUGGUGAGGUGUUGCUUGUGGCGACUGGCCUCGCGCAGACGUUCGAUGGCCAGCGCUACCCGUUCCGCGACAUCGAGCUCUCACUGGCGCGCGGCGCCAAGGUUGGCCUCGUCGGCUCCAACGGCGUCGGCAAGAGCAGCCUGCUCAAGGUUCUCGUGGGCGCCGAUGCUCCCGAGAGAGGCUCCGUCAAACUAAGCCGCGACGUCCAGCUCGCGUACGUCGAGCAGGACCCGACCCUCCCCGACGGAGCGCUGGCUGAAGAGUUCUUCUACGGCUCGGAGCUGCCCGGCUUCGCGGCGCUGCGCGAGUUUAGCGCAGCAGCAGCGGAGGUUGAGACGGGUGGCGGCGAGGGUGUGGCGGCGCGGCUACAGCGCGCGAGCGACGCGAUGGACGCGAGCGGCGCGUGGGCGCUGGAGAGCGAGAUGCGCAAGCUGUGCGAGCGGCUCAACGUGCGCUCGCUCCUCCGCUCCGAGGCUACGUCGCUGUCGGGCGGGCAGCGCAAGCGACUCGCGCUCGCGGCGGCGCUGCUGGCCAAGCCAGACGUGCUCCUGCUCGACGAGCCGACCAACCACCUCGACAUCUCGGGCAUCGGCUGGCACAGGCGGAGAUCUCCUCUAGGAACCUUCCAGGAACCUUCUAGGAACCUUCUAGGCAUCGGCUGGCUCGAGGCGGAGAUCUCCUCUCUGCGAGACACGGCGGCGCGGCUCUCCUCGCACGACCGCGCCGCCUCCGUGUCGAGGUGCGCGCGGCUGGAGGCGCAGGGGCAGCAGGCGGCAGCGGCGCGCAAUCUGUACAGGAGGGAGCUCGCCUGGGUGCGAAAGCAGCCCAAGGCGCGCGACCGCCUCGAGCGCUUCGAGGGCCUUGCAGCGACGGUCGCCGCCGCGCCGCCGCCGCCGCAGGCCGUCGAGCUCGAGGCGGGCAUGCAGCGGCUCGGCGUCAUAGAAUGCGGAACACAAACGAUCCCGAUGUUGCAACGCUGCACGCGCGGCGAGAGGAACGUCCUCUCCGGCUUCAGCUACGACUUCUCGCGCGGCGACCGGAUCGGGCUGGUCGGGCCGAACGGCGCGGGCAAGUCCUCCUUCCUCCUCGCGGUGCUGCAGCAGCUGCCGCUCGAGGGCGGCCGCGUCGUCGCGGGCGAGACGGUGGUGUACGGGCACUACUCGCAGGAGGGCCUGCAGGUGGACGACGGCGAGAAGCGGGUGCUCGCCUUCGUGCGCGAGGCGGUGGCGGACGGGCACGAGGCGCAGCGCGGCGAGGGAGGCCGGCUGGGCGGCGACGAGGCGGAGCGGCGCGCGGGGCAGCUGCUCCGCCAGUUCCUCUUCCCGCAGCAUCGGUGGGCGACCCCCGUCGGGCGGCUGUCUGGCGGAGAGCGGCGGCGGCUGCAGCUGCUGUCUGUGCUCGCCAAGGAGCCGAACGUGCUUCUGCUCGACGAGCCGACGAACGACCUCGACCUCGACACGCUCGCCGACUUCCUGCUCGCCUUCCAGGGCGUGCUGGUCGUCGUCUCGCACGACCGCUACUUCGUCGACAAGGCCUCCUCGCAGCUCCUCUUUGUCCUCGGAGGAGAUGGCGACGUGCGCCGGUGGCCAGACUCGUUCACGCGAUGGGUCGAGUGGAAGCGGCUGCAAGACAAGCAGCGUGUUACCGGCAGCACGCGUGACCAGCAGCGUGCGGCCGCCGCGCCGUCAGCGCCGCCGCCGCCGCCAGCACCGCCGCAGCCGCAGGCGUCGGAGCCCGCGGCGGGAAAGGCGCUGUCGGCCUUCGAGGAGCGACGCCUCGCCUCUCUCGAGGGGGAGCUAGCGGCGCUGGGCGACGCCGAGGCGGCGUUGCAGCAACGGAUCAACACCUUCGAUGCGGCGCGCGACGGGUACAGCGACCUGCAAGACUGGACUGCGGAGCUCGAGACGCUGCAGGCAAAGGUGGCGGACACAGAGGAGCGCUGGCUCGCCCUCGCCGAGCGAGCCUAG